AUGAGGUCGCGAGGGCUUCCUGUCAGCCUGUGGACGAGGCUGUCGUGGCCCAACCACGCGCUCAUCCCGCGCAGCACGCUCGCCCUCGCCAUAGUCUCGCUCUCCCUCACAUGCAUCGCCCUCAGCGCCUCCCUCCUCGCCUCCUCUUUCAUCCGCUCUGCUCCAACCCCUGCCUCGCCUAGCACCGCUCCUCAUGGCCCCUUGCCGCACCCGCGUCACAUCACAGCUGCAGAUUCAGUUAUCAGCGGAUAUAUUCUGGGUAAUUCGGAGAUUCUUGGAGGCAUGGACGGCUCAGGCGUGGAGAUCCUCUCAGGAGAUGCGACGUCCCUGUCGGGUGGAGAAAAGGAGAACAAUGCUCCUGAGAAAGAGAAGGAGGAAAUUUCCGGCAAAUUGGAGAAGAGUGGUUAUAGGUGGUAUGAGUGGGUGCUGGGGGCUUUUGCAAGCCCUCUGGGAGCUUUCAGCGACCUGAGGGCGCCGUACCGUGCUGAACAGAUUGUGUUGGCGUCUGGUCAAGGCCCCACGGGCUCCUUGGGCUCGAGACGAGAAGGGCGGGGGAUGAUCGAUGCUGCUGAUGGCUCGGAUCCUAUGAGUGAUGGUGAUGGCGGUGGUGACAGGGUUGGGAAGGAGGAGGCUGUUGCAGGAUCGCAGGAGGAGAAGGUGCAGAUGACUGAGGAGGUCGAAAGGGAGCAAGAGGAGAAGGGAGAAGGCGGGGAGGAGCAGGAGACGCAGCUGCAUCACGUCAUGUUCAACAUAGCCUCGUUUGCGUGGGGUUGA